UGGUUGACGUUCUCAAGUUGCCAACGUGGAUUGAGAAUUUGGUGCGAUUUUUUUUAAAGGAUGGACUUUUAUCACCGUUUGAGUUUUUCUCCACACUUGUCAUGACUGAAGAGGAAAAAGAAAACGUAUGUUACGAUCUAGCUCUCACAGAUAUGGAGGGGCAUGAAGACGAGAGGCUGUGUGGGAAAUGGAGGGUCGCCUGCGGUUUGUACAACUACAACCUGAGGGACGUGUUCACAUGGCGCCUGCUGAAGACCCUCCUGAUGGGGCAGGUUUGCUCUCUGCUGAUUUGUGGGACUGCGGUCAGCUGUCAGUACCUCGCUGACGCUAAGGUGGAGACGCCAAUGCUGCAAAGCUUCCUGAACUACGCCAUGUUGCUGCUGGUCUACACCACCAUCCUCUGCACCAGAAAAGGAGACAGGAACAUCCUCCACAUCUUAAAGACCAAGUGGUGGAAGUAUCUUCUGAUGGGAGUAGCAGAUGUGGAGGCGAACUACACCGUGGUGAAGGCGUACCAGUACACCACUCUGACCAGUAUACAGGUGAGAAGACCGUCACUGGUCUCUGAAAAACCAUAUGUCAAUGGGCAAUAGAUACCAUAUUAAGAAGUAGGAUAGGAAUAGAAUCUAAAAUGAGGCCAAAACACAGAGUGUGUGUGACUCUUUUGGACAAUUCCAACAUCAGAUUUAGUGUCAAUUGGCAGAAGCCGAUGUUUCUCUGUCUUGCUGGUCCUGUUAUUUAAUACUUUUUAAAAACCAGCUGCAGUUAGAUUUCAGGUUUUUUAAGUUUGAGGACAAAUAGCAAAGAAAACAUCACAAACAUGAAGUAUUGUAAUCAGAAAUGUGACAUCUGAUGCCCCGGCCACACGAGGACGAAAACGGCCGUUUGCGUUACUGUUUAGUGUCAUAUAGACCAUUCACACGAGGACGACCGAAUACGGCACUAAACGACUGAGGAAACGAU